UUUUUUUUAUUACCAAAAUCUGGUAGUCUUAUCUUUUUGAAGCAUUUCAGGCAAACUAGUGUGGCUCAGUGGUGCCUGAAAAGUUCACUGAAUGCUGUGAAAACUCAGUAUGACUCAAAAAGCAAGAACUAGCUGGGAACUGUGUGCAGCCUGUGCAGGAGAGGGGGUGUUGAGCAAAACGCGACAUGUGGAGCAGUUGUGCAGAAAGAGCACGGCUUGCGGAGCAGCUACGCCCUCGCGGGAGGCAGAGGAGGGCUCGGGCCCGCGGCGGCGGCGCGUCCGGCCCCGUGCGCGGGGGCUUUGGCCGCCCGGCGCGGCGCGCUUCCUUCGCGUUAAGUGGGCCGGGGAGCGCUAGCUGCAGUCGCGUCGUGUCCGAGCCCAACAAACGAUUCCUCUGGCUUCCGAGCAUAGUUCAACUAAUGGGGCUUAUUUAGGGGAGUGUCUUGUAAAUGAUUCUUUUGUUUAAAGCAACAAUGUGACUGGGUUCUGCUCAUGACGGUCAUGUGUUGCACUGGCCAAGGCGCAGCCCAAAUACCCUUCCAGCAGAGAAGACUGGCGGCUGGGUCAGACUAAACCAGUCUUAAAGGCUUAAAGAAACCAGCCUGCAGCGGUUCCUUGCUCCUGUGCCAGUUGAAGGCCCGAGCACACGAGCGAAGCUGGUGUCGGGUGGCUUUUGCAAACCUAACCUGGUGUCAGGUAGCUCCGGGUAGCUCUGCCUCCAGCACCAAGGCGCGUGGUGCCGCCGGCUCCUCGCUGUUAGCGGGAAGCUCCGCCGCGGCGGCCCUCGGCGGGCUGUGUCCCAGCCAAGGCACCCCCAUCCCAGGCCUCUGCAAGGUGCAGCGAAGUGGAGGGAGCAGCGGAAAGCAAUAGGGUACCCGCCGUAGCGUGCGGGGCGGCCGAGAGCGCGUGGUGAGCGUGCCAGCUGGAUGCUCGUGCGCAAGCGGCUGCGGAGGAGAUGGCAAUCGCAGCCAGCUUGAGCGGAGGCGUGCUGUAAGCAGGACGUUUGCACUCCUCUGACGGUGUUCAAAGCUGUCCCUGUGCUGUGACUGAUAUGAGCUCCUAGAGGAAAUGUCUUAUGCUCAAAGAUGACUCUUUUUCUUCUUUUUUUUUUCAGUUGAAAACCUAAAUAGCAGAGCGGAAGACUAGAGAAAGAAGAGAUCUCUGAGCCCCUGAUAAGUCAUCGUUGGCUUUGCUCAAGAUGCCACCAGCCAUCGGAGGCCCUGUGGGAUACACCCCUCCUGAAGGAGGGUGGGGAUGGGCCGUGGUCAUCGGAGCCUUCAUCUCCAUUGGGUUUUCCUAUGCAUUCCCCAAAUCCAUCACUGUGUUCUUCAAGGAGAUUGAGGUCAUCUUCAAUGCGUCCAGCAGCAAAGUCUCGUGGAUCUCCUCCAUCAUGCUGGCUGUUAUGUAUGCAGGAGGUCCCAUCAGCAGCGUCCUGGUGAACAAAUACGGCAGUCGGCCUAUCAUGAUUGCUGGUGGCUGCCUCUCUGGGUGCGGUUUGAUUGCAGCCUCUUUCUGCAACACCGUGGAGGAGCUCUACUUCUGUGUUGGGGUGGUAGGGGGCCUUGGACUUGCAUUUAACUUGAACCCAGCCUUAACAAUGAUUGGCAAGUACUUCUUCAAGAAACGUCCCCUGGCAAACGGACUAGCUAUGGCAGGUAGCCCUGUGUUCCUGUCAACCUUGGCACCUGUGAAUCAGCUCUUCUUUGGCAUCUUUGGCUGGCGAGGGAGCUUCUUGAUCCUUGGUGGUCUGUUGCUGAACUGCUGCGUAGCUGGAUCCCUGAUGCGGCCAAUAGGCCCUAAGCCAGAUCAGCUGAAAAAAGAAGCUGCUAAAGAAGUGUUGCAGGAAGCUGGGAAAGCUAUAAAAAAGGAUGAUGGAGCUGGUGAUACUAACACAGACCUCAUUGGUGGAAAGACCAAGAAACAGAAGCGCACAGUUUUCCAGACAAUCAACAAGUUCUUAGAUUUAUCCCUGUUCACACACAGAGGUUUCCUGCUCUAUCUGUCAGGCAACGUGAUCAUGUUCUUUGGACUGUUCACUCCCUUGGUCUUCCUCAGCAAUUAUGCAAAGAGUAAGAAGAUCGCCAAUGAGUCUGCGGCCUUCUUGCUCUCCAUCUUGGCCUUUGUAGACAUGGUGGCCAGACCUUCCAUGGGCCUAGUGGCAAACACCAAGUGGAUCAGGCCCAGAGUCCAGUAUUUCUUUGCCAUCUCUGUGAUCUACAAUGGGGUGUGCCACCUCCUGGCCCCCAUGUCUACCACCUAUGCUGGGUUCUGCAUUUAUGCCGGCUUCUUUGGCUUUGCCUUUGGUUGGCUUAGCUCUGUCUUGUUUGAAACCCUGAUGGACCUUGUGGGAGCACAGAGGUUUUCCAGCGCUGUUGGCCUUGUGACCAUUGUGGAGUGCUGCCCAGUUCUUCUGGGACCCCCUCUCCUAGGUAAACUCAAUGACAUGUAUGGGGACUACAAGUACACGUACUGGGCCUGUGGGAUCAUCCUCAUUGUGUCUGGGAUCUACCUGUUCAUCGGCAUGGGCAUCAACUACCGCCUGGUGGCAAAGGAGCAGAAGGCGGAGGAGAAGCUGAGGAAGGAAGGGAAAGAGGAGGAGACCAACCUCGAUGAGGCCGAGAAACAGAAGGAGGUGAACAACGACGUGGCCACCCUGCCUCAGAAGAGCACUGAAGAUGGCGUAAAAGAGGAGGAAAGCCACAUGUGAAGGACUGGUUUUAAUCCCGGAGUGUCGGAGGAAGCACUGUUGCCCUGAAAUGGUGUCGGGGGAAGUGCUCCGCUGGUACUGAGCGGCGGUGAGAAGUAUCUAAACCAGGUGUUCAUUUUUAACCAUGCUCUGAAUUGUUUUUUCAUCUGUGUUCAGCAAAGGUAACAGCUUCAAGUGCAGUAUCCUCGCGUGCUGGGGGGGCAGGACUUUUUAUAUUCUGGCUUUUUAGCAGUAACAUGAAUGUACUAAUAUGUGCCUUAGGGUCUUCAUAUCUAGCUGAUUCUGGAAGAGCCUUAACUCUGUAAAUGACGCUUUAGUUCUGUAUUCUGCUUGGGGUAUGGGGUGUGUGUGUGUGUGUGUUGGGGGAUUUCAUUGUUAAAAAGCCAUAAAGCAGGAUACUGGACUUGUCGAGGUAUGAUGGGCUUCAGGGCCAAGCCCCAAAUGAAUACUGCUUCACAUGCUUCUUACUGCAGGCCCUCCGUGGAGGGGGAGAUCUGGGCAUGGGGUAGGGUGGUCUCAAACUCGUGUGCCAGAUGCCUCCUAGCUCUGUAGGUGGCCGCUAGGUAUGUUUUGAAAACACUUUAGCUACUGUAGUUCUUUAAAAAUUCCUCUUUUGUAGUUACGUUCUUGUGGGAUGUUUGGGUUGAAAAAGGACGGCUGACGUUAACGGCAGGCAGGGUCCGCGGCGCGGGUGCUCGGUCUUGACCGGCGUCGGUCGGACGUGCCGCGUCCCCCCGCUGCCAAACGCCGUCUCCGGGACGCCUCUUCUCGGAUAGCGCGGUGUGCCGGGGCUCUGCCAGGGUCCCGAGCGUCGCUCCCCGCGGCCGAGCAGAGGGGCCCGGUGCCGCUAGCGCGUCCCUGAGACAGGUAUUCUGCUUUCGCUGUUUAAUCUGUUAGGAAAGAAAAACCUCUUUUACUUGCUUCUGUUCAACUAAGAUCUUAAAGUGAUGCCUAACCACUCACAUCUAGGACACACAAAGGGGAGGAAAGAAUUUGUUUGUACGUAUUUAUUUUUUAUUUUUUAGUGCUGGAAAAUAUCUCAACGUACGUGGAGCAGACUGCCUGUGACGAGCAGGUUAAUGGCUCUCAAGUUCUAGUAAAUGUUGAUCAGAAAUCUUGUAAGAGGCUGAGUAUUUUUUUCGAAUAAACUUGUUUUUUUAUAAUUCA